AGAGUGGAUUGCUAAGGAGGCCAGAGUGGAAAUAUUACACAACAGGUUCAUCAUAAAACAGCACACUUUUCAUUACUGCAGCGCUCAUCUUCACACCAGCCAUGAAUCCUGACCUCCGCCGAGAACGGGAGAAUGCCUCGUUUAACCCGGAGAUCCUCACUAACAUACUGGACGGCAGUGCAGAGAAAACCAGCAGGAGAAGAGAAAUAGAGUCUCUGGUGAUCAAUGACCCUGACUUCCAGCACGAUGAUCUGAACUUCAUGUCCCGCAGCGACCGCUACGAUGCGGCCGUGAAGAAGAGCGCUCAGAUGAUCCUGAAGCUCAGAGAUUAUGGUAUCUCUGACCCAGAGGAGAUAUACUUCUAUAAAAGAUGUGUCCACCGUGGUUCCUCCGAGCCCCUGGAUCUUCACCUGGGGAUGUUUCUGCCGACAUUGCUGAACCAGGCUUCUCCCUCACAGCUCGACACCUUCUUCACACCUGCGUGGAACCUGCAGAUCAUCGGCACUUAUGCUCAGACAGAGAUGGGUCACGGUACUCACAUUCGCCGACUUGAGACCACAGCCACCUACGAUCCCUCCACUCAGGAAUUUGUACUGAAUUCACCAACAGUCACCUCUAUCAAGUGGUGGCCAGGAGGCUUGGGUAAGACUUCGAAUCACGCCAUUGUGUUGGCCCAGCUCUACACACAGGGCAAAUGCCAUGGCCUCCAUGCCUUUAUCGUCCCCAUACGCAGCAUGGAAACCCACCAGCCUCUGCCAGGUAUAACUGUGGGUGAUAUUGGGCCAAAGUUUGGCUUUGAUGAGGUUGAUAACGGUUAUCUGAAGCUGGACAAUGUUCGCAUCCCACGUGACAACAUGCUUAUGAAGUAUGCAAAGGUUGAGCCUGAUGGAACAUAUGUGAAGCCUCCUAGUGAUAAGCUGACCUAUGGCACUAUGGUGUUCAUUCGCUCCAUGAUCGUGGGAGAGUCUGCCAAAGCUCUGGCCAAAUCCAGCACCAUCGCCAUCCGCUACAGCGCUGUCCGUCACCAGUCCGAGCUGCGGCCAGGAGAACCAGAGCCGCAGGUUUUGGACUAUCAGGCUCAGCAGUAUAAACUCUUCCCCCUUCUGGCUGCCGCCUAUGCCUUUACCUUUGUGGGUCAGUACAUGAGCAACAUGUACCACCGCAUCACUGGAGACAUUAACCAGGGAGACUUCAGCGAGCUCCCAGAGCUCCAUGCUCUUGCUGCAGGUUUGAAGGCCUUCACUACCUGGGUUACUAACACAGGGAUAGAGGUGUGCCGGAUGUCCUGUGGUGGACAUGGCUACUCGCGCUGCAGCAGCCUACCAGACAUCUAUGUCACCUUUACUGCCACUUGCACCUACGAAGGAGAGAACACUGUCAUGAUGCUGCAGACAGCCAGAUAUUUGGUGAAGAGUUACCGACAGGCACGUGAGGGUCAGCAGCUCAGUGGGAUCGUAUCUUACCUGAAUGAACAGCAGCGGGUGCAGCCUCAUCCUGUCUCCUCCAGGCCCACUGUUGUCAACAUUAAUGACCUGUCCAGCCUGGUAGAGGCAUACAAGCUUCGUGCAGCCAGACUGGUUGAAAUGGCAGCUAAGGGUCUUCAGGGGGAGCUGCAGCGCAGUAAGAGUCAGGAAGAUGCCUGGAACAACUGCUCUAUCGAACUUGUCAGAGCAUCAGAUGCCCACUGUCACUAUGUGGUGGUAAAGCUGUUUGCUGCUAAGCUGAAUGAAGUCAGCGACACUGCAGUGCACUCUGUCCUCAACACACUUGCCCUACUGUACGCCCUGCAAGGGGUCGCCCUGAACUCCGGAGACUUCCUGCAGGCUGGUCUGCUGACUGUUCCUCAGCUGGCUCAGGUCACUCAGAGGAUAAAGGCUCUUCUGGCGGAGAUCCGGCCAAAUGCUGUGGCUCUGGUGGAUGCUUUUGACUAUCGUGACGAGAUGCUGAACUCCGCUCUGGGCCGCUACGAUGGGAACGUGUACGAGAGCAUGUUCGAGUGGGCCAAAAGGUCCCCACUUAACCGCACAGAGGUCCAUGACGCUUACUACAAGUACAUGAAACCCCUCCAGUCCAAACUGUGAGCAGCGGAGCCACCAGCUCCAUGUCCAUCCGAAAGCACUAAUGGCACUAACUCAUAGCCAGAGAACAAUCCUUCAAUCGGAUCUCAUCAAUCAGAAUUUCCAAACUGAUCUGCUGGAUUAUCCAGGGCCUUAAUUAAUCAUAGAGCUGAUCUAGGAUCAGUCUAAUGUCUUUUUAAAUUUUGAUUAAACAGUUAAUAUAGAUAAGGGAACCAGAUCCCAGACCAGAUGAGUGUAAUCAGUUGAUUGAUGGAUAUGGUUGAACUAAAGGGUCUUGGGGUUAGAAUGGGACCUGAUAGUAAACUGAAGAGAGCUUUGCUAUGAGAUGUUUUGUAAGGUUUUUAGCUAUGAUUGUCUAUCUCUUUUUGAUUUCCUACUGCCAAUCUGUAUUCUGAAAGAUUAACAGAUGAACAACUGGUUUUGACAUAUGAUUAUAGUAAUAUCAUGUAAUAUCACUCGGGCUCAGGAGUCGAUGUGAGGCCCUCACUUUGUUGAUGGUAGCAUCACAAAUAUCAUGAAUAUAAAUUAAAAAAAAACUUUAAACAAAAGACUUUCCACCAAUCCAACAACUAAUUAAAGGACCAUGUAAGCAUCCAAAUGGCUAAUUAAGCUGCUGUAGUUUUAUGUUGAACCAUUGACUUUAUUAAAGAUUGAUAAACCAUUUUUACACAGAAGACUGACUACAACCAGCAGUUUACACUAUAUCUUACAUAAAACGUAUGCACUUAAAGUCUAAUAAAUUAAGUUGUUUAUAGGAAAGCAAAAACUCAAGCAAUAUUAUAAUCAGAACUAGUCAUUAUCUGAAAAACAAAUAUUCCUUUUUUAUAGCCUAACAGCAUUUUUUUAUCAUUGACUGAAAUAUUUAGUCUUGAAUAAAUUAGAUGACUAGGGGGACCUGCUCUGUUUAUUAAAGAGUGUACAUAAGCACAUCUACACAUACACAACUGAAACACAUGCAUAGGAUCACACACACAUAGGAUCAUACAAGCAUAGGAUCACACUUUUUUAUGCAGUAUGAGUCACUGUUUGGAAACUCUCUAGUUGUCAGACUGAGUCUAUUGUUCUGUUCUAUGUUUUUCAUUUUUCUUGUAGCAGUUUAUUACAGAUGUUUUCACUACAGAAACAAAUAGAGUGCAAUGGUUUGUGCACCCUCCAUAUGUCAUUAUGAUUUAAAUUCUCAGAUUUACAUGCAUAGGAUCACAUUUCUUUUAACAUAACAUUUCCAGGAAUAAAAAUAGUGGAAUAUUUUGGAUGACUGAGGAUUGUAUUAAUCAGUAGGUUCUGUAGCCUUGUGGUAAGAGCCGCCAUUUCAAAAAUCAUGCCUUAAUCCGUUAAACUGUGUUUUUUUUUAUUUUGGAGGCCAGUUCAUUUCUCUUUCUGUUCUGCAUGAAGGGAAAUAAUCAUCUGCAUUAUAUUUCUUGAUUAAAUAUUUCAUAAUUUUGCCUAUUGUUUUGAUUAAAGCUCUUGUAGCCAGACUACUGUAUAAUUACACAUGCUGUUAAAACAGUGUAACUGAUUAAUUAUUAAACUUAAUUCAAAAUGAA